GCCACGUCCUUCAUAUUGUCACUACUAGUACUGUUUGGUUGCAAUGCCACUGUUGUUCUGGUUCAGUGCACACUGCACUGCUGGUGCCUGAUAAUUAAAUCGUCACUUGCCGUCAAUCCCAAUCAGAGGCACACUCGAGGCACAUCAACCCUGGGACCCACCUCACCGUGAAACUCACUUCACCUCACAACGCUUCAAUAAACGCUUCAACCAUGGACGCGCCCGAGGAAGACCUCGACAUCAAACUGCAAAAGAUCUCGGGCGAUCUCAUCGCCGACUUUGACAAGUCGCUUCGCCCGUUUCUCAGAAGACAGGAUGCCGCAGCGGCGGCACCCGUCCGGUCGCGGGUGCGGACCCGUGAGACCGAGCGGCUGAUAUCUUCGCUGCUGGAACCCUUCCAGGAACUACCGCAGCUCCUGGACCCGCAUCUCCCGAAGUGGCUCCCCCUCCUGGGCGACGCAUUCCUCGAGUACCAGCUCAGCCGGCGCCGACCGUCGUUGUCGGCGGCGGCGGCGGCCCGCGUUUCCACGCGCUCCGAGCUGCUGAUGCCGCUGCCGCGCGCCAUCUGCAAGCUGGUCUACACCUUCUGCAAGAUCCGCGGCGAGAAGGUCGUCGUGCGCUUCCUCAGCAACGAGGCCCGGUACCUGGAGCUACUGCUGUCGGCGCUGGAGGAGUCAUCGGGGCAGCAGCGGGCGGGCGUCGACGUCGACGACGACCAGCCCGUGGCGGCGCGGUGGACGUGGGAGGAGAGAUAUGUCGUGCUGCUGUGGCUGUCGCACCUCAUGUUUGCGCCGUUCGACCUGUCGACCAUCUCCUCGCACGAGGUGGAGGAGGAGGAGGACGAGCUGGUGCGCAUCCCCGGCUUGCAGUGGCCGGCCGGGCUGCCGAGCAUCACGACGCGGAUCCUCCCGCUGGCCAUCCGGUACCUGGCGUCGCCCGGAAAGGAGCGGGAUGCGUCCAAGGCGUUGCUGGUGAGGAUUGCUAUGCGCAGGGACAUGCAGCAGCUCGGCGUGCUGGAUGCCCUGGUCCGCUGGGCCAUGGCCGCUCUGCGACCGGCCGAUGCGGCGGCCGAGCGGACGCCGUACCACUACAUCGGCGUGCUCUCCUUUCUGGCGGGCAUCUUGGUGUCGUCGGCCGAUACCUCGGACAUGGACCGGUAUCUGGCCACCAUCUUCCACACGGUGCACGGCAUCGCGGCCGAGGGCGACAAGGCAGGAUCCGCGUUGUCGUCGGCCCUGGCACGGAAGACAAUGAUCAAGGUCAUCAGAGCGAUUACCGUUCUGAUCUUGAGGCGCGAGCAGGACAUGGCGGGCAUGGAGAUUGUGGAGACGACCAUCGGCUUCCUGCUGGAGAGCCUCGCGGAUAACGACACGCCGGUCCGGCUGGCGGCAAGCAAGGCUCUGAGCAUCAUCACGCUCAGGCUGGACCCCGACAUGGCUUCCCAGGUAGUCGAGGCUGUGCUCGAGGCCCUGAACCGGAACGUGCUGCGGGUGAAGAGGCCCCAAAGCCCAGGCGCUCCACCGAAGAGGGACCUGAGCAUGGUCGACCCGCUGGAGUGGCACGGCUUGAUGCUUACGCUGUCUCACCUGCUGUAUCGCCGCUCGCCGCCUGCCGAGAACCUCUCCGAUAUCGUCCAUGCGUUGCUCAUGGGGCUGUCGUUCGAGAGGCGGAGCACUUCGGGCAGCUCUACGGGGGCAAACGUCAGAGAUGCGGCGUGCUUUGGCAUUUGGGCUCUGGCGAGGCGGUACACCACGCCCGAGCUCCUGGCCGUGUCGGCCGAGCAUCUAAGCGCCGGAGGAGCCCGCUCCGGCGUAUCCAUUAUACAGAUCAUUGCUACUGAGCUCGUUGCUGCCGCCUGCGUGGACCCCGCGGGGAAUAUCAGGAGGGGGUCGUCGGCUGCUUUGCAAGAGCUGAUUGGCCGCCACCCAGACACCGUCGAGAAGGGCAUCUGGGUCGUCCAGACGGUUGACUAUCACGCUGUGGCCCUGCGGUCCAGGGCGCUCCAGGACGUCGCCCUGGGCGUGACCAAGCUCUCGAGCCAGUACGGAGAAGCCAUGCUAGAGUCACUCUUGGGCUGGAGAGGGGUGGGGGACGCUGACGCAGCGUCCAGGCGGGCCGCCGGCGUCUCGUACGGUAUGAUCACGGCUAAGUUGGCCUCUACUGACACAGACCCGAUCCAGCGACUGAUGCGGUCUGCAACGCUGGUCCUGGACGGCAUCAAAUCACUCGAGGCUCGCCAGGUCGAAGAAAGGCACGGGCUGUUGCUCAGCUUCGCGGCUGUGCUCGACGCACUUCCCGGAGGUGCAGGUACCCGGAGAGAUCCCGCCGUCGAGGCGUUCGUCCGCCUCGCGAUGGAUGCUCUGCUGGAUAUUCUCCAAGAUUGCAACACUAAAACCUACCGCAAGCCGGAGCUCAUUGCUGAAGCGGCGAGCCGACUGAUCAUCUCGUCGUUCCCCAUGCUCCAGGCAGCCACGUCGACCGCCAGCAGCCUGCUGCCUGGGCACUCUCUCGCGACCCGGAGCGGCGCCGAGCUGGCCAAACUGGUGGACUCGGUCGGCAGCAGAAGCGAAACCCUUCGCUCUUUUGUUAGUCUCGUGAGAUCCAAUCUACAGAGGUGGCUCGUCUGGCCGGAGCUCGACAUCGUCGAAGCCGCGUCGGACGCUGCCGUCAUCCUGAUGAUGUUCUGCAGCGACGCGGAGCGUGACGAGGCGAUCCGGGGAUGGGCCGACGCCGCGCGGGAGCGCCAGUCAUCCAAGACACGCACAAUGAGCGGCCACUUCUCGGCGCUCGCCGCGGUGUAUCCGCUCGCGUCGACGCUGGCCCUGGAGGAGGACAAGACGCUGAUCUGCGACGCCAUCACGCAGCGCUGGAGGAACGACAAGGACACGGACACGAGAGCAUGCAUACUCCAGAGCCUCACAGGCAGCGAGCUGCUGAAGCAGAACACCGACGUCUUCCUCGAGCUCGUGGCCGAGGGCCUGGACGACUACUGGACGAAUGCUCGCGGUGAUGUGGGCUCUCAUGUGCGGUUCCAGGCGAUCAGGGCGACGAAGUCGUUAUGGGAACGGCUGGACGAGGGGGAUACGGAAGCCAAGGUGCCGCUGGUGUCGGUGCUGUUCUUGCGCAUCCUACGACUGGCGGCCGAGAAGCUUGACAGGGUCCGGGCCGAGGCGCAAGCAGCGCUUGCUGUGGUCCUGAAGCCGAGCCAAGCUGCCGAGCUGCGCCGGUCAACGUUCUCGUCCAAGUCGUACUUUCUGUUCCUGCUCGACCUGCUGCAGCAGGACUGGCUGCAUGCUGCCGUGUCCGACCUGAAGGCCGACCCGGAGCGGUGGAUGGAUGCUCUGAUGUCUGGCUUUGUGUCGUCCGCCGACACCGGAAACGAGGAGUUGGUCAUCGCAACGCGGGCCGCGCUGUGCGAGUUCUGUGAGCGAUCCGCCGCCAACACGGAUGCCGUCUGCGCUGCGCUGGCCCGGAACCUGAAGGCCUGGCAGGGGACAGACCGGGUACUUGUCUCGACGCUCGAGGUGGCGGCCUUCCUGUUCCACGUCGGCAUAUUCGGCCGGUGCACGGGCGUCAACUACAAGAACCUGUGUCUGCAGGUGCAGAAGGCAUGCUACAAGACCGGCAACGUCCGCAAGAUCGAGGCAUGUAUCAGGGUCUACGGGGCAAUCGCAGCACUCGGCCGCGAUGUCAUCCCUACGGCGCACGCCGGGGAUGGCGGCGAUCCCUCGAAGAGGCAGGAGGGAGCUCGGGAGGCUUGCAUCCGACUCGGCGCCUUGAUGUUUCACCCCUGGCCGAGGGUCAAGAGCAUGGUCGUCGACGAGCUCUGGGGUCUUCGUCACGACGAUCCGGCCGCGCAAGGCCUCAAGAGCGUCGACUGGGGAAGGGCGGAGAAAGAGAAGAUCAGGGCGGUCGUGGAGGCUUUGGCUCUGGCCUAGCUUACACUACUGUGGUACAAUACCUACCUUAGUCAGGCGUCUCCGCGGAGCACGCACGACCUGCAGCAGCAGCACCCCUGGCCCGGCGGAGCGGGGUCCGAACCAAUCGGAAGCAUCAUAUUAUAAGGAGCUUAGUUGAUCGCGGACAGCAGCUGCCAAUGGAAAGCGCGGAUGCGCAUCGAAUGAGUUGCUUGAAGUUAGUCUACCUUGCGAGCUUUGCCCAGCCAUCCUGAUUG